AUGAGCUGGGGAUUCCUACGUGAUCUGCUGAGUGGAGUGAAUAAGUAUUCAACAGGAAUUGGAAGAAUUUGGGUAGCAGUUGUGUUCAUAUUCCGAUUACUGAUUUACAUUGUGGCCGCAGAAAACAUCUGGAAAUACGAACACGAUGAAUUUGAAUGCAAUAUCAAGCAGCCUGGUUGUGAAAAUGUCUGCUUUGACCAUUUUUUCCCUGUCUCCCACAUCAGUCUUUGGGCUUUGCAGUUAAUCAUGGUCUCUACCCCUUCACUCUUGGUUGUUUUUCAUGUUGCUUACCGAGAGAACAGAGAGAAACACCACAACCAGAAACUUUAUAGAAGUGUGGGAGAGAUAGAUGGUGGAUUGCUGUGCACUUACCUUACCAGCCUUAUUUUAAAAACAGGAUUUGAAAUAGUUUUUCUUUUUCUGUUUUAUAAAUUGUACAACGGGUUCAAAGUACCACGCCUUGUGAAAUGUGACAUAAGACCAUGUCCCAAUACCGUAGAGUGCUAUAUUUCCAAACCCACAGAGAAGAUGAUUUUCCUCUAUUUUCUGGUGGCAACUUCAUGCCUGUGCAUUGUAUUAAAUCUAAGUGAAUUGAGUUAUCUCAUUUUCAAAUACUCCAUAAAAUGUUAUCUGAAGAGGUACGUCAAGAAACAUCAAGGCUCAGAAAGUGAUUGCCACAAAUCAGAAAUCAUCAGCAAGAGGCAGAAGAGCACGGAGGGAGCCUAUGCCAUCAAUAGAGCACGACCACUGAGUUUAUCUGUAAGAUCACAAUCUCACUUCCCUUUCAGAAAGUGCCUUGUUUAUUCAGUUUUUAACGGUAUGGCAUAA